GAGUUGCGAGACGCCGCCCGACCGUAAGAGAAAACCCUUCCGCGAGAAUCCCGACACGUGCGCGAGUGGACCCAGUGUCAGAGCAAGUGCCACGACAAGUGCCAGGAUUACAAGUGCCAAGUGUUAAGUGCCGUUUCCGGGAUUCACCGAGUCCCCUUGCCAUGGGACGCGAUCGGAUAGCCGUCCUACUCCUCUGGAUGUCUUGUCUUAUGACUCUCAGCUUGGAGAUCAAAGUGCAAGACACCUCCAAGCGUCCGAACGAGCGUCAGAAGCGGCUCAUCCCUUACAUGAUGUUCUACCUGACAGGGCAGACGCCCUCGACGGCGGCGCCCUACGCCUACACCCCGGCGAUGGCCCCGGACGCGCCCAACAAGCUCGAGAACCACCUCGUCCAGAACUACCUGGCCUCGACCGGGGCCCAGUACUACUUCCUGCCGCAGCCCGUCCUCCAGGAGCAGCUCUUCCGCCGGCUCCCGUACCUCGUGGCGUCGCAGCAGCUCCAGGAGUUCCCGCAGAGCUACGAGCCCCCCGUCUACAAGACCGCCAAGCCUAUCACCAAAGAGCGCAACAACCUCAAGUCCCUCCAGCUCUUCCACAACCCCUACACUGGUCUCCCUCUCGAGCAGUACCAACUCUUCAAGCAGAACCCCAAGGUCUUCUCAGUUACUCAUUUCAAGACCCUGAACCGACCUCAGUUCGACAACUCUGAGGCGCCCCAGAGGCAGCAAAUCAAACAAUACAACCAAUCCCAACGGCCGGACGUUAAAUACGUCCUAAAAUACGUGCCCACCUACGCGCCAACCUACGCGCCGACAUACGCGCCUCAGCGGGACGCCACCCUCUCUGACUACGCGGAGCCCGAGAUCCAGAAACCCGACGUCGACAAGCUCACCGCCGAAUACUACUCGCAACACAAACUGCUAAACGCGUUGCCUACCUACCAGGCGCCCAAGCACAACGUGUUGCCUACCUACCAAGCACCCAAGCACGAGGAGCUGCCUACCUAUCAAACGCCAAAGCAUGAGGUUUUGCCUACCUACCAGGCACCGAAGGACGAGGAGCUGCCUACCUACGAAGCGCCGAAGCACGAAGAGCUGCCUACCUACCAGGCGCCGAAGCACGAGGGGUUGCCUGCCUACCAGGGACUGCCCAAAGCCCCGAAGAACGGUGGCGUGCAGGGGCUGGCUCAGAUCCUGCAGACGCUGCAGCGGGCGAACGCGCUGUACCAGCCGCGAUUGCCGGUGAGCAUGAAGGCCAUCUACAGCUACCUGGAGAAAGACCCGGACGACAACUCGCUGCAGAGCCUCGAGGAGGAGAAGGAGAGUCUCCCCGCGGGGCCCGCCGCCGGGUUGCCCGACGACGAUGAGGGGGGCACACCUGGGAAGGCGGGCGUCGACUACCCGGCCCUCUCCAUCGUCCCCCACACCAAGUUCAGCUGCAAGACGCAGAGGUACAAGGGCUUCUUCGGGGAUCCCGAUACUAACUGUCAGGUAUGGCACUACUGUGAUUUGAACGGUGGCCAAGCUUCCUUCCUCUGCCCAAAUGGCACGCUUUUCAGUCAGCAAGCUUUAACGUGCGACUGGUGGUUCAACGUUCGAUGCGAUGCAACAGCCCAACUUUACGUUCUGAAUGAGCGACUUUACAAAUACAUUCUUCCAAUGAAACCUAGCUUCCCCGAGGAUUACUCUGGCCCAGAGGCUGACAACUACAUCCAUCUCAAGUUCCAGGAGGCUGAGAAGAAGCGGAAGGAGAAGGCAAAGAACCAGACUGCCAUGCACGAGAAUGCACAAAAGGAGAAGGAACCGCCGCAGGUGAUAGAUGUCAAUAAGCAAGUCACGUUAGAAGACUUCCUCACCAAGAAAAGUAUACAAAUCAAAUGAAAGCCUGCUAAUGCAGGUUUGGUCUGCGAAUUUUGAAACUGAGAAUGAGAGAAAGGCUUGCUAGACAGUCCACCUCCACAUGCUAUUGUAACAUCAUGUACAUGAAAUUCAAAGACGAUAAAUGAAUAGAAUAAACUUCUGUACCUUAGAGUCAUGAAAAUUGGGCUACAUAAAAGCUUUUCGUUCAUUGAUGAGUUAAAACCAUUAAAUACCGUUGAUGUUAUUGGGUUGCUGCAAUGUAAAUACGUCAUAAGAAUGGUAAGUGGUUAUCUAAAGGUCUUACCAACAUCAUUGCUACAAAUUUGAGGAUAAUCUUAGUUUCAAAAUUCACAGGCCAAACUGACAAAUGCAGGACUUCUGAAGUUAAACGACUGAUCUCAGACUUGAUUACCGUAGCUCAGGAGUGUAUGAAAAUAACGAGUUACCUUUACAUGAUCAAAGCAGCUCAAACCGUGAUUGAUAAAACAAUUUCUUUUGUGAACAGUGAAUUUAUCUCAUAGAUAAAAUUCAAUUUCUACAUCACUGAAACAGUUUGAAACUUCACUUGGACGAGAAACUCAUGGAGCAAAUGCAAGGGCUUCUUAAAUUUUAAAACUGACUGAGUAUUGAUGAAAUAUUGAUGGAAGUAUUUGAUUGCUCUUUGCACUGCAAAAUUUGAAAAGGUUACCUGAAGUAAUUUUAUGAUGGUUAGUGGAGGGUAUGAAAAUUUAACUACUCUUUGAGCAACUGUUCGAAAAAUAUUCCUUUGAAGUAUCAAAAGGCCAUCAUACUUUCAUUGCUCAAUGACUGGCUGAAACCCAUCCUCCCGGAACAGGCUGAUAUUUCUAACACAUCAAUGUCGAUGAAAAAUCAAAACUCACUUGAUCAAAAAAUUACCGAAGUCUCAAAUCCUGUGAAAAAACUACCAUCAGAAGACUGAAAAUAGCUCGAGUCAAAAAGCAGGCCACUUUACAAAGGCGAUGAUAAGCACGGAUAUGAUUUGACCUUCCAGAAUACUCUAUGCCAUUAUUGCCAUUGAAACCAAACACACAAAAUUAUCAGUGCCAAGACUUUGACAAUUACACUCCUUGCCAUACUGAACGGUUGUACCGUGCAAUCAAAGAGAAUCUAUAAAACGUGAUUGACUACAGAAAAAGAUACCUUAGUGUACUAGAUCACAUUAUCCAGUGCUGCAAUUUUUGUGAGGUUGGAUAAAAAAUCAAAAUUUGAGCAUUUGACGGAAAACAUUCAAUGUUUCAUAGGAUGGGAAAA